AUUUCUGGCUAUGAUUGGCCAAAAGUUCCCCGCGAAAAUUACGUCAGCCGCAGUUUCGCGCCACAUCUGCAGCAGUCAGACGGCUUUACAAGAAGAGAUAUCCCACCAGCCAUGUCUUCCCCUGCUUCAACACCUGGUGGCCGUAAACGUGGAAGGAAUGCCAACCUCGCCACCCCGAGCAGUGAGGGGCCCAUCUCGCCUCCCUCCCAGAGGCGCCGGGGCCAAGACUCCUCCGGUGGCGACCUGAUGCCAAUGCCAACCUCCCCAGCCACGGACAUGCUCAGUCCUGCUGCCCCGCAGGAUACCUCUCUGCUGUCCAGUCCGAGACCCUCAGGUUUGCCAAAUGAAGUGGACAUGAGUUCCCCUCUAAACUAUGGGACCCCGAGCUCUAGGGUUGAAGGUACACCGCGCAGUGGAGUGCGCGGCACACCAGCUAGACAGCGCCCUGAUCUGGGGUCAGUCAGGAAGGCUCCCCAAGUCGAUCUUCAGUCGGAUCAGCCAAGCACAGACGGCGCAGUAGCCAGCGAGCCUAAUGCAGGCCACAGGCUGGUGAUCUGGGGGACUGACGUCAAUGUUGGAACCUGCAAGGAGAAGUUCCAGAGGUUUCUGCAGAGGUUCAUCGACCCAACCUCCAGUGAGGAUGAGAACGCUGGUCUUGAUCUAAAUGAGCCGUUAUACAUGCAGAAGCUGGAAGAGAUCAGUGUUGUUGCUGAUCCCAUCCUGAAUGUGAACUGUCGACAUGUACAGUCAUUCGAUGCAGAGCUGUACAGGCAGCUCAUCUGCUACCCACAGGAAGUUAUCCCAACGUUCGACAUGGCGGUCAAUGAGCUUUUUUUUGAGCGUUUCCCUGACUCAGUCCUGGAGUACCAGAUCCAGGUCCGCCCUUACAACGCCUUAAAGACCCGAAACAUGAGGAACCUGAACCCAGAAGACAUCGAUCAGCUGAUCACCAUCAGCGGCAUGGUGAUCCGCACCUCGCAGCUCAUCCCUGAGAUGCAGGAGGGGUUCUUCCAGUGCCAGGUGUGUGCCUCCAGCGCCCGGGCAGAGGUGGAUCGCGGCCGAAUCGCCGAGCCAGCCGUGUGUCGCCACUGCAACAACACCCACAGCAUGGCGCUCAUUCACAAUCGCUCACUCUUUUCAGACAAACAGAUGGUCAAAAUCCAAGAGUCCCCCGAAGACAUGCCAGCAGGCCAGACGCCGCACACUACUAUUGUGUAUGCUCACAACGACCUGGUGGACAAAGUGCAGCCAGGAGACAGAGUGAACAUCACAGGUAUCUAUAGAGCGGUCCCGAUGCGCGUUAACCCCCGUCAGAGCAGCGUGAAGUCGGUCUACAAGACCCACAUAGACGCCAUUCACUUCCGUAAGACUGAUGAAAAGCGUCUGCACGGUCUCAACGAAGAUGCCGAGCAGAAGCUGUUCACUGAGGACCGUGUGCACACCCUGAAGGAGCUGGCGGCCAAGCCAGACGUCUACGAGCGCCUGUCCUCCGCCCUGGCACCAAGUAUCUAUGAACACGAGGACAUCAAGAAGGGCAUCCUGCUGCAGCUGUUUGGCGGCACCCGCAAAGACUUCAGUCAGACGGGCAGGGGACACUUCCGUGCUGAGGUCAACAUCCUCCUUUGCGGAGACCCCGGCACCAGCAAGUCCCAGCUGCUCCAGUACGUCUACAACCUGGUACCCCGUGGCCAGUACACUUCAGGGAAGGGCUCGAGCGCUGUGGGCCUCACCGCCUACGUGAUGAAGGAUCCGGAGACGAGGCAGCUGGUCCUGCAGACGGGUGCUCUGGUGCUGAGCGACAACGGCAUCUGUUGCAUUGACGAAUUUGACAAGAUGAGCGACAACACGCGCUCGGUGCUGCACGAGGUCAUGGAGCAGCAGACCCUCUCCAUCGCCAAGGCGGGAAUCAUCUGCCAGCUGAACGCUCGCACCGCUGUGCUGGCAGCUGCAAACCCUGUAGAGUCUCAGUGGAACCCGAAAAAGACAACGAUCGAGAACAUUCAGCUGCCUCACACGCUGCUGUCCAGAUUCGACCUGAUCUUCCUGAUGCUGGAUCCCCAAGACGAGGCUUACGACCGCAGGCUGGCUCACCACCUGGUGUCCCUUUACUACCAGAGCGAGGAGCAGAUGGAGGAAGAGUUCCUCGACAUGGCCGUGUUGAAGGACUACAUCGCGUACGCACGGACGUACAUCAAUCCGCGACUGAGCGAGGAGGCUAGCCAGGCCCUCAUCGAGGCCUAUGUAGAGAUGAGGAAGAUCGGCAGCGGCCACGGGAUGGUGUCCGCCUACCCAAGGCAGCUGGAGUCCCUGAUCCGCUUGGCGGAGGCGCACGCCAAGGUACGCUUCUCCGAGAAGGUGGAGACCAUCGACGUGGAAGAGGCUAAGCGGCUGCAUAAAGAGGCUCUCAAACAGUCGGCGACUGACCCCAGGACGGGAUUUGUCGACAUCUCCAUUCUGACAACGGGUAUGAGCGCUACGGCACGCAAACGUAAGGAGGAGGUGGCCCAGGCGCUGAGGAAGCUGAUCGAGGCCAAAGGAAAGACGCCGGCCAUGAAGUACCAGCAGCUCCUCGAUGACCUCAGGGGACAGUCUGAAACUGCGAUCACCAAGGAGCUGUUCGACGAGGCGCUGCGAGCCCUGGCUGACGACGACUACCUGACCGUCACUGGGAAGACCGUUCGUCUGCUCGCUUGAGGCGCACCGCGGCAGUUCUGUAAAGUCCGUCAAAUUAAAUCCUGUUUCAGCGUCCUUUUGUCCAACUGUAAAAAGUAAAGAGUUUGAGUAAAAACGUAAAUGUAUUAUUCUGAGAUUUAAAAACAUGGUUCAGAAUUAAACCAGUGACUCUGAAGGGUUUGGGCCAUUUUGUGUCUAUAAAGAUGGGGAAGAAGUGGGGCGGGGGGCAAGGGUUGUAAACAAAUGCAACCAGAGGCUGUUGUAAGAUUUUGUUUGUCAUGAGUUUUGAAGUAAUGUUGCGCUUUUUCCAUGCUCUGGUGUAUGAUCAGUAGUUACAAUAUAGCUUGCAUAAACUUGUUAAUAGAAAAAAAUUAAAAUGUUGCACACAAA